GUUCAGGAGGAGGUAGAGGAUGUCUUUCCGUGGGAGAGGAGGUGGAGGAGGAAGAGGUGGUGGAGGAGGAGGAAGAGGAGGCGGCUUUAAUCGUGGAGGAGGCGGUGGCGACAGAGGUGGCUUUAAUCGUGGUGGACGAGGAGGCUUCGGACGGGGAGGCGGCCGAGGAGGCUUCAACCGAGGCGGAUACGACCAGGGGCCUCCAGAAACGGUAGUUUUAUUAGGAGAGUUCAUGCAUCCGUGUGAAGAUGACCUCGUUUGUAAGUGUAAAACAGAAGAAAACAGGGUGCCUUAUUUCAAUGCACCCGUGUACCUGGAUAAUAAGGAACAGAUUGGCAAAGUGGAUGAAAUCUUUGGACAACUAAGAGAUUUUUAUUUUUCAGUGAAAUUGUCUGAGAACAUGAAAGCUUCUUCAUUUAAAAAAAUGCAAAAGUUUUACAUUGAUCCAGCAAAGCUGCUCCCCCUUCAGAGGUUUUUGCCAAGGCCUCCUGGAGAAAAAAGUAUUCCCCGAGGAGGCGGUAGAGGAGGACGUGGUGGUGGACGUGGAGGAGGAAGAGGCGGCGGCAGAGGAGGAAGAGGUGGAGGAAGAGGAGGAGGAGGAUUCAGAGGAGGUGGAGGAAGGGGAGGAGGAGGAUUCAGAGGAGGAAGAGGUGGUGGAGGAGGCUUUCGGGGGAGAGGAUAUUAAGAACGGAACAACGACUAUCUUCCUGCUGUCUUACCGUAUCAUCUACAGGGGUGAAGAGCAAGAAAAAAAAAAACAAACCUAAAGGAUCCUGAAAAUUUCUUUUUCUAAAGAACUUGAAGCUAUGAAAUGACUAUUAUUGUUAAGUUAAUGACUAUUUUUCAACACGGGAAGAACUGAAACUUGCUUCGAAUAUGAUUCAACAUUUUAAACUAAGCCAAGAUUCAAUGUUAUUCUUAAACUGUUUGCUUCUGACAAAUGACUUAACCAAUGCUUGACUUCAUGUUGGAGUCUGGAGUAAACAAUCAUUGAAACGUUUUUUAGAAAAAGAAACACCCAGCAGGCUCACUACAUGGAGUCUUCUGGGUUGCUCUAAAAUGGACAUACCUUUUAAAUAACCAUAGUGAACUAUUUUUUACCAACUUCAAAAUGUUAUGUUUACAGAACUUUUUAUGUGUAAUAACAUAUAUGAGAGAAGGAAGAUGGCAAAGAGUAUUUUGUGGGUUUUCAUGUAUGGAUCUCAAUGAAAGCCAAAGGCAUUAAGACCUGUUCUUGUCAGAAGAUACUGUCUAAUGAACAAAACAAGGUUAAUUCUAUUCUUAAGUCACCUAAUUGUUUCUAAUUACACCAAUACUAAACUUGCUAAGGGUUUUUAACUGUC